GCGUUUUUGUUGGCACCAUGGCGUAAUACCCACCUCAAUCACUAACCACCCAAAAAUUGAACAGUUCACCACCAAGUAAUCACCGGAAGCUCCUCAAAGACGACUUUUACACAUGGGUAAUGAUGUAUGAGGUUGAGUUUCAGCUACAUCUGUUUGUGCACAUAAACUGUUUCUGGAUAUGUCUGAACCACAGAGCAGCAUAUCGCAUGGCCGAUAUAUAAAUGGUGGACUUAGGGAAGUUCUGAAGAUACGGUCUUUUACAGGUUUUGGACAUGUCCACCAAGUUAUUGCAGAUAUUCUUAAAUCCUGUGCUGCUUUCAGGACCAUUGCAGUGGGGAGGGCUCUUCAUGGUUGUGUUGUAAAACUGGGUCUCUUGUCUUGCCAGUCUUUGUCCAAAGCACUGCUUAACAUGUAUGCUAAAUGUGGAGCUCAGGGUGAUUGCCUGGAGCUAUUUGGUCAAAUGGGCACUUCUGAUCCUGUUGUUUGGAACAUUGUCUUGUCUGGGCUUGCUGGUUCUAAGUUUUAUGAUGGAAAGGUAAUUGGGUUGUUUAAUGCAAUGCAUGUUGCUAAUGGAGCUAAACCAACUCCUGUCACCUUUGCAAUUCUUCUUCCAGUGUGUGUUCGGUUAGGAGAUUUAAAUGGAGGGAAGAGGGCGCAUUCCUAUGUGAUUAAAUCUGGAUUAGGAACUCAUACGCUUGUUGGAAAUGCAUUGGUUUCUUUCUAUGCAAAAUGUGGGUCUGUCUUGGGGGAUGCAUAUGCUGCUUUCAAUGGAAUCAGUGAUAAAGAUGUUGUUUCAUGGAAUGCCAUCAUUGCUGGGUUUUCAGAGAAUGUGUUCAUGGAUUUUGCAUUUAGAUUGUUCAAGGGGAUGCUGAAAGGACAAGUGGAACCAAAUUCUGUGACCAUUAUGAAUAUUCUACCUGUUUGUGCUUCUUUGGAUAAGGAAUUUUCCUAUCUCCUUGGCAAAGAGAUCCACUGUUGUAUUUUAAGGAGGGCUGAGUUAGGUGAAAAUGUUAAUGUCUGUAAUGCUUUGGUUAGUUUCUACUUAAGAAUUGGACGGAAGGAAGAUGCUGAUUCAGUUUUCCAAAGGAUGGAAUCAAGAGAUUUGGUCUCAUGGAACACUAUCAUUGCUGGAUACGCAUCAACUGGUGAGUGGCUGAAAGCAGUGGAUUUUUUUCAUGAAUUACUUUCUACAGAAAUCAUUGAUCCAGGUUCUGUGACUCUAAUCAGUGUUCUUCCUGCCUGUGCACAGCUUCAGAACUUGUAUCUGGGCAAAGCAAUCCAUGGUUAUGUUCUCCGACAUCCUUGCCUAUAUGAGGAUACAAAUGUGGGGAAUACUCUUGUUAGUUUCUAUACAAAAUGCAAUGAUAUCAAAGCAGCAUAUCAAACAUUUCUGAUGAUAACUAGGCGAGACUUGAUAUCAUGGAAUUGUGUGCUUGGUGCUUUUUCAGAGAAUGCCUAUAGGACUCAGUUUCAGGAGCUCUUAAGAUUGAUGUUUAAAGAAGGAAUUAGACCUGACUCCAUCACCAUCUUAACAAUAAUUCAACACUGUGUUACCUUUUCAAGACUGGAAAAGGUUAAAGAGACCCAUAGCUAUGCUAUCAAGGCUGGUUUUCUAAUGGUUGAUUCUGAACCUACUACUGCAAAUGCAAUACUUGAUGCAUAUUCCAAAUGUGGAGACAUGGAAUAUGCAUUUAGGAUUUUUCAGAGUUUAGCAGAGCAGAGAAACCUGAUUACAUUCAAUUCAAUGAUCUCAGGAUAUGUGAAUUCUGGAUUACAUGAUGAUGCUAUUGUGAUUUUCAAUACUAUGUCUGAUAGAGAUCUCACUACUUGGAAUUUGAUGAUCCAAGCUUAUGCUGAAAAAGAUUGCCCAGAACAAGCUUUCAGUCUUUUCCGUGAAUUACAGGCUCAAGGAAUGAAACCUGAUGCAGUGACUAUCAUGAGCCUCCUUCCAGUUUGUGCUCCUAUGGCUUCCUUUCAGCUGUUGAGGCAGUGCCAUGGAUACAUGAUACGAGUGUCUUUUGAUGAUGCUCGCUUGUGUGCAGCUAUUUUGGAUGUGUAUGCAAAAUGUGGCAGUAUUGAAAGUGCUCAUAGGCUCUUUCAAUCAAAUUUCCACAAUGAUCUGGUUAUGUCUACUUCCAUGGUUGGUGGGUACGCCAUGCAUGGUAUGGGGAAGGAAGCACUCAGGCUUUUCUCUUAUAUGCUCGAGUUGGGUAUGAAGCCUGAUCAUGUUAUCAUUACUGCUGUCUUAUCUGCCUGUGCUCAUGCUGGUCUUGUUGAUGAAGGGUUGAACAUAUUUUACUCAAUAGAGAAUGUUCAUGGGAUGAAACCAACUAUGGAACAGUAUUCCUGUGUAGUGGAUCUCUUAGCUCGAGGGGGCCGAAUAAGUGAUGCAUAUUCUUUAGUCACCAGGUUGCCCUUUGAACCAAAUGCAAGCGUAUGGGGGAGCUUACUAGGUGCCUGUAGGACCCAUCAUGAGGUCGAAUUAGGCCGUCUUGUGGCAGAUCGCCUUUUUGAGAUUGAAGCCAGCAACUUAGGGAACUAUGUGGUGAUGUCAAAUUUAUAUGCAGCUGAUGCUAGAUGGGAUGGGGUCAUGGAGAUGAGAAAACUGAUGAAGACGAAAGAUUUCAUAAAGCCUGCUGGAUGCAGCUGGAUUGAAGUGGAGAGGAGGAAGAAUGUCUUCAUAGCUGGAGACUGUUCUCACCCUCAAAGGAGCAGUAUUUACCAUAUGUUACAUAACUUGGAUCAACAAAUCAAACAACCAUUUUUGUUUGACAAAAUUGGCAUUUUGCAGGCGGCAUUAGACUGCUGAAAGCAAACACAAAUAAACUCUCAGAGCUUCA